AUGGAUUCUUCCUUAGCGUCACUGACUAUAAACAGACUGAGGUGGAAACUGAUCAACGUGUUUGAAGAAAAUACAGACAGUUUGUCGAAUUAUCUGCAGUCUUUAAACCCUAUGUGCCUGCAAGACAGUGCUAUAAUCAAUAGGGGUGAACACCCACACAAAAUAGAUACUUUACUUAACCGUUUACUUGAGCAAGGAGAACCCGCCUGUGAGAAUUUCCUCAGAUAUCUGAAAGACAUGGAACCCAACAUUCCAGGGUUACACAGCAUCAUAGAAUGUCUACCAGAAAAUAGAGAAAAGACAUUUGAUAAAGUCUUGUUGGAGCUGAAUAUGAAAGACCGUAUAAAUGCAAAGAUUUCUUUAAAGGACAUCUUGAACAUUGGGCAGGAUAAUUUAAAGGACUCUGGCCAUCAGAAUAUACAAGAUGUUCCCUGGCGGUUCCUAAGACAACUCUUGGCCUCAAAUGUGAAUGCCAGGAACACUCAAUAUGAAAAGUCAAAUAUGAAAUCAAAAGUAGAUACCAAUGAAAAGCUUUAUGAUAAUGAUUCUGAUGAAGAUGAUUUCUACCAGAUGUUUAUUGCAGCAAGUGAUGCUGAAAUUCAACUGUCAUGCUAUAUCCACCCCCUGGAUGUCCUGUGUGUUCUCCUGCAUUGUUCAGAUCAUUUUUUACAUCAGGACAUUGUAUCAAAACUGUCCGUGUGCCAGCUUGCUGUCCCUUUACUGCUCCCUGCUGGUGAUGGCCAGCACUGCACCCUCAUGUUAUGGGCAAUGAGAGAUAUUGUGAAGAGGUGGAAACCCCACUCAUUAGCAGACAGUAAAGGGUCUAUGGAAGGAAAUGUGGUGAAUAUCCCCAUGCCGACCUUCUCUUUUGUCAGACUGGGGAAAAACAAAUUAUCCAAAUCUAAAAUAAUGAAUCAUAUUCUCAGUCCAGCUCAGCAUUAUCAUGACUUUUUCAUACAUAAGAACAUGGAUGGAGGGAAUACUGAGAGGACAAUAUCUAAUGGAUUGGUGGAAAUGUCCUGGUAUUUUCCUUCUGGUAGUAAAAGUUCUGACAUUUUCCCAGAGCCGAUUGCAGUGACCAACCUACGAGGAGAUCUGGAGUCUAACUGGACACAAUUCAUUUUCUUAUCCCGGGUCUCAUCAGCUGUGUUUAUAUUUACUGAGAGCGUCGGGGAGAGAGAAUUUAGACUGUUAUCAAACUGCUACAACAAAGACACAGAGUAUUAUUUCAUCAUCACUCUGAGUCCUGGGGAAGAUGUAGAGAUGAAAGAGACAAUUCAGAACCUGAAAAAAUUGAAAACCAUACUAGAAUUUGAAAAUACUAAUAUGAUAAUAAUAAAAAAAGAAGUCAAUGAUCCUACAAUUGCAAACAUCAUUACAUGCAGAAUUAUUCAAUAUUUAAACUGUUCUGCAAGAAAAAUAACAAUUGAAAAUAUGGAAAAACAGAUCAGUGGACUAGGUAUCUAUGUAUGUGAACAUUCUACAGAGUGCUGUACAGCCAGAGAGCAUGCUGGGAAAAUAACUGAAGAGAUAAAAAAUGUUGUUCAGUAUAAGAAGGAAACAAUGUGUCUCCAGGGAGAUCCCUGGAAACAAAUAUCUAAAAUAGAAAAAGAGAUGUGUAGAAUGAAAAACCAAGGCUCAAUGGAUGUGGAAGAAUACCGGUGUGAGCUUAUAUCCCAGCGAAUGUCAUUACAGGAGAAGCAAUAUGCACAUGACCUUCCCAGCGGCAUAACAUUGUUUAUUAAUGCUAUUAUGACGUCAUCUUAUUCAGAAAAACAUACAUUUUUGAAGUGGAUGAAGUUUAAGCUUGAUGAUCUUUCUAGAAAAAGUGUAUCUGUUUUACAGGAUGAAUACAAUUUAAUGUGCAAGAAAACAACAAAAGAAAAUAAGGAAGAGCUAAAAGAGCUAGAUUGGAAAAUAUCAGAGAGCUCUUUGGGAAUUGAACAUUUCCUGCGUGAGAUGUCACAGUUCUAUGAGGCUGAAUGUUCCAUGUUUAAAGAAAAAAAAAUUCAGAAAAAAAUGAGAAAAUUUACCAAUCUCCCAGGAAUGGCUGCUGAUCUCCUGCUGGAUGGGUUCCCAUUGGAGCUGAUUAAUGGUGACAAUUCCAAUAUUGCUUUGCAGUGGAUAACUGAUGUCCUGACUGAGCUGGACACCAAGACAGGAGGACAAUGCAGAAUGAGAGUGAUCACCGUGCUGGGAGUUCAGAGUACGGGGAAAUCCACCCUUCUGAACACCAUGUUUGGUUUGCAGUUCCCGGUGGCCAGUGGGCGAUGCACACGAGGGGCUUUUGUGACAUUUAUUGAAGUAAAAGAGAAUGUUCGGGAGGAAAUGGGCUGUGACUUUAUUCUGGUGAUUGACACGGAAGGUCUGAAAGCUCCUGAAUUGGCUUCUCUGGAGGACAGUUAUGAACAUGACAAUGAGCUGGCAACGCUAGUGGUUGGGCUGAGUGAUAUCACCAUAAUUAACAUGGCCAUGGAGAACACAGCAGAAAUAACAGAUAUUUUGCAGAUGGUUACUCAUGCUUUUCUUAGGAUUAAUCAAAUUGGGAAGAAACCCAACUGUCAGUUUGUACAUCAGAACGCAAGUGCUGUGUCAGCAGAUCAAACAACCCUACGAGAUAAAAAUAAACUUUUGGAACAGUUGGAUGCGAUGACUAAAACUGCAGCAAACAUUGAAGCAAAAAGUGAAAUUGCAGAAUUUAGGGAUGUGAUCGACUAUGAUCUUGAGAAAGACAACUGGCACAUUCCUGGCUUGUGGUAUGGAGUCCUUCCAAUGGCUUCAGUGAGCUCUGGCUACAGUGAGAAAGUGUCAGAUUUGAAAAAGCAUUUAUUUGAAUUAAUCAAAUCACGUAAAAAUUUAACAAGUCCUCCUAACAUCAAAGAAUUUAUUGAAUGGAUAAAAAGUUUGUGGAACGCAGUGAAACAUGAGAAGUUUAUCUUCAGUUUCAGGAACAGUCUGGUGGCCGAAGCUUAUAACAAGUUGUCCAUACAGUUCUCUCAAUGGGAAUGGGACUUUACCAAAGCCGUGCACAGCUGGGUGAUUAACACAGAGACACGGAUUAGAAUUCAGUCAGCAGAUACAUUACAGACAGAAACAUUUACAUCUAGUUUGAACGAACUACACCAGAUUCUGUAUGAGGAAGAAAGGAAACUGUGUAAAACAGUAAAAGCAUAUUUUGAAAACAAAAAUGAAAAUGUGCAACUCAUAGAAAAAUACAAAGGAGAUUUUAUCCUGAGUACCCAUUUCCUAAAAAAUGAACUUGAAAGAUAUGCAAUUAAAAAGUAUGAAGAGGCGUUCAAUAUUCAGAAAGGGAAGUCUGAGGUACAGCGUAUUGACAAGCUAUGUCAGGAAGAGAUUGAAAAGAAAGUACAAGAACUUUUGGAGACCUGCAAAAUGAAAAAAUGUCAGUUCAACGACACACAAUUAAAAGAGGAAUUUGAGACUAUGUGGAAGAAGACAAUCUCAAAUUUACAGAUUGAGACUCUGAAAAAGCACAAUGUAACUAAAUCAAUUAUAUACCAUCUACACCGUAAUAUGAGCAAAAAAGGGCCCACAAUAAAUGAAAAAUUGCUAGGAAUGAAUACUUUAGAAGAAAAUGGAGAAACAUUUUUGCAUCUGGAUGGUAAACCCAAGGAGGGCCAUUUGUCCUUACUAAACCACAUUAAAAGUGAGCUUACUGAGAAACAUCAUGAAGGUGAAACGUCACAAUUCCUUGAUUCUCUAAUAGAUAUGUGCGAUAGUUAUGUUGCACAGAAGGUCAAAACAGAACAUACAAAUUAUCAUGACACCUACUGUCAGGAAUUGUUACACUUGAUUGACAAUAAACUUCACAAUGAAUAUGGUAAGUGUCACAUUACCUAUUUACUUGAGUUAGACAUCAAACUUUACCUCUUGGGAAGAGCUGCUCCAGCAUUUCAGGAGAUGCGUAAGAAAUUUAUCCAAGAAAACAAACCAAAUAUCAGCCUUGAAGAAUUAAAACCUAGCUAUUUAUCAACAUUUAUCAGUAUCUUCCAAGAAAAAGAGAUAAGUCAACAGAAAGCAGAAGACUUUUGCAAUUUCUGCUUGAAGCCAGCUUUAACUGAAUACAUUUACCGACAUCUUGGGAAAGAAAUUGUGGAUGACCGUGUAAAAGGUUGUGACAAUAUUUUAUUGAAUAGCCGGUCCCGUUUUCAUGCUGCUGUAAUGGCAGAUCUGUUGGAAAAGGACGAGUUUGGGCAAUAUGUUAAAUAUAUUGAGUCAUAUAAAAGCUUUUUGGAAAACUGGUUGUUAAAAUAUCUAUGUGACAAAUAUAGAGAUUCUAAUGUACUGCAAACAUUACAAACACAAAUGUUGAGUUCUAUAGUUCUAAAAAUAGAAAAUGUUGUUAAAAAUGAAUCUUUGCUAAAAAGUAAAACUAGUCAAGCUUUUUUAGAGAAUAUUCGUAAGGAGUUAGAAAGUGAAUUAAUUAUUUUACAAACUGAUGUAAUUAAUUUUGGGAACAACUCAGAUGUUUUCCAGUUUUCUGGUGACAUUCAGAAAUAUUUGCCAGAAACAAAAGAACAAAUCCUCUCAGAAGUGAAUUGCCUGGAUGUUCAAUCCAUUCUCUCCAAGGUCACAUUGAAUCCGGUGAAUGAAAUAUUGCGGAAGGUGAUCGGAUGUGAGAAGCAGUGUCCGUUCUGUAAAGUCCCCUGUGAGGCCGGAGGUUCAGCUCACAAGGAGCACUUUGCAUCCAUUCACAGACCUCAAGGACUUGGAAGAUACAGAGACUUAGAAACCAACAUUUUAGUUAAAUCCAUAUGCUCUACUAAUGUUGCAUCUGAAAGAAUAUUUCGCAAUAAUGAUACAAAAGAGAAAUUGCACCCAUUCAAAGAAUAUCGUAAAAUAUAUCCAGACUGGUCCAUCCAACCUGACCCCAGCAUUGAGUCCUCUGAUUACUGGAGAUAUGUAUUUGCAAAGUUUAAUGAACAGUUUGCAGCAGAAUUUGAUGCCAAGCCGGCUAAAAUGCCAGAUGGAUGGAAACAGUUAGACAAAGAAAAAGCUCUUGAAAGUCUUAAAGGACAUUUAGCUCCAUGA